AGUCCCUUAUAUCACAGACCAAGAAGAAGAUACUAAUUAAUAAAUACUAAAUAGUUAUCUGUGGGUACGCGUUCGGUACGUCUGGUACUUAGUGGUGCGUUACUCGUAAUUUUACUAAAACUAUGUAUCAAAUGAGGAAUAUAGUCUCUCAAGAUUGUGAAAUUGAUUUACCAAAAUGCAUGUAUCGUAUCAGAAACCCGAAUCAAUUAAGCCAAUGUUUUGAAAACGAUAUUAAUAUUUGUCACCAGAUUGUCAAGCUCAUAAAGAGACCAUCAGACAAAAUGGCUGAACUUGAACAAAGACAAGAUCAACUUCUAAAGAAACUGGAUAUACUUUAUGAUAGGAUCAAAAUUAUAAGCUCUAUUUGUGCAUCGAACGAAAUUAAUACGAAAGUGCAGCUGCAAAAGAGCAAUAAAAUUAAAAUACAAUCUAUACCUACACCAGAAGAAAUUGUGUUGUAUGUCAACCCAGAUAAUUUGCCUUGGUAUUUAUUUGUUUUCUUAAAAGACCCUUCCAUAGAGGUCCAUAUAACUUGGCACAUUCAUUCAUCAGUCGCUAAUGAGAAAAAACCGAAGAUUCUAGCAUUUUUGAAGAAUUUCAAAAAAAUUAACUUAAAUUCAAAAAUAAACUUGAGAUUGAUUUUUAGCUGUGUUUCAACAGACUCGGAAUUGAAGUUAAGUUCAUUGGCAAUUCCAAUUGUUAGCAGUGUAAAUAUAUUGCGGUAUUUAUCACUAGUCUACCCAAACACUGUUCCAUAUGAUAUGAAUGAUCAUAUAGUAGAUGGCCUCUUGGAUAAUUGCUAUUUAUUAGAAAAAACCCCAGAAAAGAAUAAAGAUGCUAUAAUACAAAAAAUAUUAGUUCAUCAUAAAGAUUGGAUGUACAAGAAUGAGUUUUCGAUUGUAGAUGUGGCUUUGUAUAAUGUUGUCAAACAGCUACGAAAUAAACCAAAAUCUGUGCCAAUUAGUUGGUUUGAGCAAUGUGAAAAGAUUUGUAAUUGAAGAUGGAAAUAAAAGUUGAAUUUACAUUUAUUCUCGUUUCU